AUGUUGAGGCAGGUUAUUAAAAGGACAGCAGCAAAGAACAUUUCUUUGGUGCGUACGUCCGGUUACGUUGCAUCCCGCUCGUACCAUGUAACAAAGUUUGAUUCCAGAUUGAAAACCGAAUAUCAACUGUUGACCGAUUACAGCUCUUACAAACACACAAUUUACACGCAUAGAUUACCAGAAUCCACAGCAGAACAAUGUCCUUUGUUAAUUGCAUUACAUUCAAGAUUAAACUUACCAAAAGAAUAUCAGUUGUCAACUUUGUCGCAAGCUUUGAAUAUGCAACAAUUUGGGUCUGAUGGAUUAGCUAAUAACUUUGGUUUAAGUACUUUAGGUAAGAACUUAUUAAGUUAUUAUACUUGUGAGUAUCUUGUAAUGCAAUAUCCUCGUUUGCCUAUGGCUGUUCAUAAUACUGCUGUCGAUGCAUACAUGGGGAAGUUGACAUUAGCUGAGAUUGGUAAGUCAUGGGGUAUUGAAGUUGACACUGUCUCCAAGUUACAACAUUUCUUGAGUCAAGAACCCGAAGCAAUGAAAUAUGGAAGAUUAAGAUUUCAACUGGAGGAAGAGAAGAAUACAGUCAAAGAAGAUGGUGUUUACGAAUUAUCUCAAGUUGAAAUGGAAUCCGUGGACACAAACAACGAGUUUAUUCCCAAAGAAAUCGAAGCAUAUGCCAGUGCUGUUCAAGCAGUUAUUGGAGGAUUAUAUACACACGUUGGCGAAAAUGCUACCAAAGCAUUCAUACAUGAUCAUAUUCUUUCGCGGAAGUUACCUGUUGAUAAGAUGUUCCAAUUCAGCAAGCCCACUCGUGAAUUAGUGAGACUUUGUGAUAAGCUUGGUUUCACUGAUCCUGUCGAACUUCGUUUGAUCGCCGAAACUGGUCGUUUGUCUGCACAUGCUGUCUACGUUGCAGGUGCAUUUGUGGGUAAGGAGAAAUUAGGAGAGGGAGUUGGAUCUUCAUUGAAGGAAGCCAAGACCAGAGCUGUGGUCAAUGCUUUAAUGGGUUACUAUUUAUACUCACCAAUCGACCAAGAUGGUAAUGAACCCAAAUUGCCAUCUGAAGCUGGUUACGUUUUCGAAGAGGCCAGCGUUGGUGGUGGUGAUGUUGCUAUUUGA